UUUGUCUUCUUGUGAGAUUCUUUUACCAUUGUCUUCAAAGAUUUGUGCAAGUUUAACUAACUUUUUAAUUAAUCCUAAGUUUCCAUUUUUAUUCAACAUUAAUUACAAUUUUUUCUCCAUGAAAAUGACUAUUUGUAAUUUCAUGAAAAGUCUUGAAGACUUAUUGGUCUGAUGUGUUUGAUCUCAAUUACUUCUCAAAAGGAUCUCUUCACUUCAUCUUCACUAUCAUCACCAUCGUCAACCAUCAUUUCCCAUCUUUCCUUUUUAUUGAGUAAAUAUUCCAUUUCUUUUUCUCUCCAAUGGUAUAAGUUCAUAUGUUUAAUAACUUAUUUUAUUAUCAAAAUUUCAUGUUUAAGCCAUGGUCAAUGAUCCUUUUUUAGUGAGCAUAAUAUUUUUACUUUUAUUGACUUCACAUUCUGCCGUCUCUUCAACACCUCCGGUUCGUACUUGUGAACAGAUUAAAUUUGAAUCGUGUAAAAAGAUUGGAUAUAAUGUUACGGGUUUUCCAAAUUCAGCUGGUCAUGAGACUCAAGAUGAAGCAGGGCAGACGUUUCAAACGUUUGACCCUCUCAUUAAAUUCCGAUGUUCCUCUCAGUUGAAAUUUUUUUUGUGUUCAGUUUAUUUUCCUAUGUGUACCGAGAAAAUUGUUCAAACAAUUGGACCGUGUAGACCCUUUUGUGAAACUGUACGUGAUAGGUGUUUACCGAUACUCAACGAUUUUGGCUUUGCUUGGCCAUCUUACAUGAAUUGUAGCUUGUUUCCAGCAGCUAAUGACAAUCAAACUAUGUGCAUGGUAGGUCCAGGAGAAGAAGAAAUUGAAUCAAUUGCAAAUGUACGGAAGAUUAAGCCAAUAUUGGAUUUUAAACCGCCGUUUGCUCAAGAUAAAAGCCAUGAUAAAGUUUAUGGCUCAGAAUCGGCUGAUGUUGUUACACCAACAAUACUCAUACGUUCACCUUCAUUGAAUUAUUCCAGCUUUCCUUCACCUAUUCCAGACCCUUGUCGUGGUUACAAGUUUCACCAACAAUAUUUCAGAGUUACAACUCGUUCCAAUACUACUCAAUGUGUUCAUGAUUGUUUAGCUGAUAUUUUGUACCUUUCAUCAACUAAACAAUUUGCAGGAUUUUGGAUAGCAUUUUGGUCCACCUUUUGCCUAGCCUCUUCAGUCUACGCCAUUUUUGCAUUUUUCUCUUAUCCAAGUCGCUUUCAAUUUCCUGAAAAGAUGAUAGUCUACAUGGGAAUAAGUUAUCUUUUUUACAGUGUAACCCAUUUGUUCUGCAUAUUGAUAGGCAGAAAUUCAGUUGGAUGUUACGAUGAGCCUCAGUUUCGUGCUUCUCUUCUUAUCCAAAAUGGUAAUGAAAACGGUUAUUGUCUGCUUGUUUUCGCUCUCCUCUAUUUUUCAAGCCUUUCCAGUUUACUUUGGUGGCUCAUGAUAACAAUUUCCUUGUUUUACGUUACAACUCAUCAAUGGUCUUGUAAAGGGUUGGAAAGUUUUUCCAGUUACUUUCACAGCGCUGCAUGGGGGAUACCUCUACUUGUUACUGCCUGUAUCUUAUUCAAAUUUGAUAUUGGCGCUGACGAGUUAACCGGUAUCUGUUAUGUUGGCAAUCAUGAUCAGAUCGCAUUGCUUAUGUUCGUGAUCGCACCCUAUGUAUUUUUUCUUGGCACUGGAAUGCUUAUUUUCCUCUUAUUUGUCAGAGAGUAUUGUAAAAAAACAGACCAGAAGAUCUAUCCAACGUCCACACCUCUUGUUCAAAGUCAUGGUAGUUAUCAAUCAUCAGUCGAAAAAAUCAGCUUUAACAACGCUUCUUCUCACAAUUCUCACCCAUUAAUUUUAUCAUCAAAAACUGUUUGGACUAGUCCUAAAUUAACCGAACAACUCGGUUGGUUGACUCGUCUGGCAAUGUUUCAAAUCAUUUAUUUUGUCAUCUCUUCCUACCUAUUAUUUGUUUCCUUUUACGAAUAUCUCUACCGAGAUGCUUGGUAUUCCAGUUUGGGCUCCGAAUUACCCAAUGUAGAGGUCAUGUCCCUGAAAAUUUUCAUGUCUUUUUUAGCUGGUAUUAUGACCGGAAUCUGGGUAUGGAUGUCAGCACCAAAAAUUCCUUUUUCUACCAAACAAGAUUGGAAAAAGUCGUUAACAUCAAAUGCGAUUCCCAACAGUCAUCAAACUCUUCCGGUAGGAUCAUUGGCAACACUUGACAGUCGAGGUCGCUAUUAUCACCGUGGAAGCGAAACCACAGUUUGAUGAAAAUUGACAUUUUUCACCAGCAAAACAUUUGUAAUUUGUAAAUUUUUCUGUAUAGUUUUUUUAAACUCACUCAUUGUUAGUGACAUUCAAUUUCUACUUCUCUCCUCUUCCCUUUUCACUCGCCAUUUCUCAUUCUCUCAUUACUGUCAUUAUAGACAAUUAAGUUUAAUGUAACAUUGCCAUCCUCGCCAUCCUCGAUCUAAUUCACUGUAAAUAUUUCCUUCAGUCCUUCAGUGCAUAACUUUGUAAAAUUAUUGUCAUGUUUGAUUGAAAAAAAAGAGACCAAAAAAGCCGCUUCUAAGGUUAUAUUGUAAAAAUUGUCUUAUAAUGAAUCGUAAUCGUAAAGAUUAAAGUAAUAUAAUGUCAGUAAUUGUAAUAAUGUAAUUGAUAACAUUAAUAAAAACCAAUAUUACUAUCAAA